CCAACGUGCAGCUGAGCAGCUGGCCCCCAGCUUGGGCCUCCUUCACACCAACCACGGCCAUGACUCCCUGGCGGAUUCUGAGCCUCCUUGUCCUGCUCCUGGGCUGCUGCACCCCCGGGACCCAAGGCAAUGACGGAGGGGCACAGGACUGCUGCCUCAAGUACAGCAGCAAGAAGAUUCCCGCCCGGGUGGUCCGCAGCUACCGCAAGCAGGAGCCGAGCUUGGGCUGCCCCCUCUCUGCCAUCCUGUUCUCACCCAAGAAGCAGUCCCUGCCCGAGCUGUGUGCCGACCCCAAGGAGGCCUGGGUGCAGCAGCUGAUGCGCCUCCUGGACCAGCCUCCCGCCCUCCGAGAGACGACCAAGGGCUGCCGGAGAGACAAGUCUGGCAAGAAAGGGAAGGGCCCCAAAGGCUGUAAGAGGACCAAGCAGUCAGGUACCCCAAAAGGGCCAUAAUAGCUCUGUGACCAGCCUGGAGCCCAGGACCACCCUCCCUUCCCCGACAGCUUCACCCGGGCUUGGAACCCCACCCCAAGGGACAAGAAGUGGGCCUGGAGAGAGAGGAGAUUUGAGUCCCCCCACAGCCACCCCUGCUGGCCUUGCCUCACCCCUUCUCCUGUAAUACCCACCCCAUCUGGCUUCCUGGUACCCCCUGCAUGGCUGAGCAGUGCCCAGGCCAGGCCCUGGGAGACAGAGGAGGCAACAUAUCCUGGAAGUCUGAGAGGAGGCAGCAGGACUGUCCGCCUGUGAGGAAUGGUUACUCGGGCUCUGGACCUGCCUUUGCACCCUCCACGCCCCACUUCUUCCUUGUAAAUAGGGAGCAGAUG